AUGAGUGAGGCAGUAAGUGGACUGUUGGGGUUAGUGAGAGAGGAGUUGGCAGCAUUGAGGGGGGAGCUGGUAGUGGUCAGGGAGGAGGUGGCUCGACAGAAGGAGCGAGUGGCGAUGCUGGAUGAGAGGAACCGGGAUUUGGAAAAUGAGUUGAGGCGUGCACUGGGUGCUGUGGAAGAGAGGAGUGUGGCGACUGCUGCUGUGGUGGAGGAGAAGGGGAGAGAGUUGAUAGCUGUGAAAGGAGAGCGUGCCGUGCUGAAAGAGGAGGUGGGCCGACAGAAUGAGCGAGUGGUGAUGCUGGAGGGGAAGAAUCAGGUUUUGGAGCGUGAGUUGAAUGAAUUGAGGCGUGCACUGGGUGUUGUGGGAGAGAGGAGUGCGGUGACUGCUGCUGUGGUGGAGGAGAGGGGGAAGGAGCUGACAACAGUGAAGGAAUUGAUUGGAGUCAAGGCAGAGUUGAUUGCAGUGAAUUGGGAGCUGACUGCAGUGAAAGGGGAGUUGGCUGAACACAAGAGGACUAUGGCAGAGCAAAGGAGGCAUUCUGAUUUGAAAGAUCUGGGGUCGGAGUUCACGUCCCAUGCCUCCCUCACGCCAGCCUCCACCCCUUUUCCUGCUGACCCACUUCACCGCCACCACUGCAGCUCCGCCAUGGUGGGAUGCUGCUUCACCGCCAUUGGUGCCCAGCAGUGUGCUGCCAUGAAGGGGGGGGCAUCUGCAGCCAUGCUCACCAGUGGUGGGGAUAAUCUGGGCCCCUCCCAGUUAGUACAGGACAGGUGCUGGUGGUUGGGGAAGUGGAAGGGAGUGGGUGAGAGUCAGGGAGAGGGCAAAGAGGGCUAA